UAACCUGCAUACCUGCAGACAUUCCAGACAUGUUUAUUGUGCUUCAUGAUUAUGUCCACGUCACCUCCUGUCAUUCUCUCAAAGCAUUUGAGAAGAGUGGCAAGGUCUGAUCACCAUGGCAGCAAACAUCAUAGUCCACCAACAGGUGGCAGCACCUGCUAUGAAGGCCUGGAACACUGGCCUUUUUGACUGCUGUCAAGACAUGAAUUCCUGUUGUUAUGGUUUCUGGUGCUGUCCUUGCUUAGCCUGCUCCACCACGGGAGAGUUUGGAGAGAGUACCUGUCUGCCAUUAGUGGACAUCAUUGGCCCUGCUUGCAUGGUUGCCUUUGGGGUGCCCAUCAUUGUGCCACCCGCAAGUCUGUCCAUGCGGGUUGCUGUACGCCACAAAUAUGGCAUUCAGCAAAGCCUUUGUGAGGAUAUCAUGGCGUCCUGCUUCUGUGUCUGGUGCUCAUGGUGUCAGAUGGCCAGGGAGAUCAAAGACCACAAGAAGAGCUGCACUUUCACAACCACCCAGCCUGUGGCCAUCCAAGUGCAGCCUCCAACCAUGACCAACUCAAACGUGUCCUACACAACCAAUCAACAGAGCUACACCAUGACCAGCCCACAGUCCCCCAACCAACAGGGCUACAUCAUGACCAACUCACAGGGCUACACCAUGACCAGCCCACAGUCCCCCAACCAACAGGGCUACAUCAUGACCAACCAACAGGGCUACAUCAUGACCAGCCCACAGUCCCCAAACCAACAGGGCUACAUCAUGACCAGCCCACAGUCCCCAAACCAACAGGGCUACAUCAUGACCAGCCCACAGUCCUCCAGCAUGGUUGAGAAGCACCCUGAUAUGAUGGCAGGCCCCCCUGGCAUUGCCGGAGGGGCUCAAAUUAAGAUGGCAUCUGACCAGCAUGCCAUGGCAGGCCCUUCUCAAAUGAUGGCUUCUGUUCCUAAUGCCUAUAACCCUGCUUUCAUGAUGCCCCCUGAUAUGUCUAACCAUAUGGUGAACACCACAGUCUCCACCCAACCAUCCAAAUGCUGAGCUCUGCUGCUUCAUCUAAUCACUUUCUGACAUUGCUGUAAUGUUCAGUCAGUGAAUUCAUUUGAUUUAUGAAAAUAUGUUUUUAUAUGGUUAAUAGUCUGAGGUCUAUUUGAUGGUAAUGGCCUCUGCUCAUUGUCUUGACAUGUAAUAAAGUCAUGUAUAUUGUGUUUCUCUUC